CCCUAGGUUAUUGUAUAUAUAAUAGGCUCCACAUCCUCGUCUCUUCGAUCUCUCGCGUCUUCCCCGUGUGGUUGCUCCAUUCCUUCGUCGCCACGAAUAGUGAGGGAGCAUUUCCCGCUUGCCGAUUCGGUGUGCUGAUUUCAUUCUCAGCAAGUCAUGGCUGAUCAAGUUAGCCACCCAAAUAUCUCUCAAAAAACCAUUUGCCAAUCCCAGCUUGGUUAUAGAUUUUCUCAUGACGUGCACAGUGUUGCUGGUAUCCUCAAGCCUCAUUUGGUAUACCAAAGCUAUUUCACAACUGUGAACUACAUGAAUGCCCGACAUCAAAGUCCAGUUAUGUCGGCGUGCAGAACUUCAUAUGAUGUAUCAAUGCUGUCAUCUUCAUCACCUAUUUUCGUGAAUGCACCUGCAGAGAAAGGGCUUGCAGGUUUUGCUAUUGAUUUUCUCAUGGGUGGAGUCUCUGCUGCAGUCUCCAAAACAGCUGCUGCUCCCAUUGAGCGUGUGAAACUUCUAAUCCAGAACCAAGAUGAGAUGAUAAAAUCUGGUCGUCUUGCUGAACCCUACAAGGGCAUAACAGAUUGCUUUAGACGAACAAUCAAAGAUGAAGGUUUUGUGUCACUGUGGAGAGGCAACACUGCCAAUGUCAUUCGUUAUUUUCCAACUCAGGCUCUGAACUUUGCUUUCAAGGAUUACUUUAAGAGGAUGUUCAACUUCAAGAAAGAUAAGGAUGGAUAUUGGAAAUGGUUUGGUGGGAAUCUUGCUUCUGGUGGAGCAGCUGGAGCCUCUUCUUUACUUUUUGUCUACUCUCUGGAUUAUGCCAGAACUCGUUUGGCAAAUGAUUCAAAAGCUGCUAAAAAGGGUGGGGAAAGACAAUUCAAUGGCCUCAUUGAUGUCUACAGGAAAACCUAUCAGUCUGAUGGCAUUGCUGGCCUUUACCGUGGAUUUAAUAUUUCGUGUGUUGGAAUCAUUGUUUACCGUGGCCUCUACUUCGGAAUGUAUGAUUCAUUGAAGCCAGUGAUACUCACCGGAAAAUUACAGGAUAGCUUCUUUGCUAGCUUUGCCCUUGGCUGGGUGAUCACCAAUGGUGCUGGACUUGCAUCUUACCCCAUUGAUACCGUUCGCAGAAGGAUGAUGAUGACCUCCGGAGAAGCUGUCAAGUACAAGAGUUCCCUCGACGCUUUUAAUCAGAUUUUGAAGAAAGAGGGUGUGAAAUCUCUGUUCAAGGGUGCAGGCGCUAACAUUCUCCGAGCCAUUGCUGGUGCCGGUGUGCUUGCUGGCUAUGACAAGCUGCAACUAAUAGUUUUUGGAAAGAAGUAUGGUUCGGGUGGUGCUUAAGUCAUGAUAUUUUCUGAGAUCUGACGAUGAUGAAAAAUUAGUUUAGUUUUCAAUUACCAUCUUAUUUUGUUUUUGAAUUGUUAGGUUCGAAUAGUUUUGCAAUUUUUUCUGAAACUAAACUUAAAUUGCAACUUUGAGGAAUUUUUUCAACAUUAAACAUUAAUUAUGCUCGCUUCAGAUUUUGAUGAA